UCCCGCAGCCGAAUCCAGAGCACCAUCGCCGGGGGACCGAAGCGGCAGCGUACCGAGCUCCCGCUGCAGUCAUGGCGGCGCCGUUAGCUCACUUCGACGAGGACUGGCAGGACUUCAACGAAUUCAAGGCGUCCUCGGCCGAGUCCGCAGACCACCUGGACCUGCUCAACUCCAAUGUGGGCCACCCGUCGUCGGGCCUGGACGAUUUCUCCGACCUGGACCGCAGCUUCUCCGGGGAGAUCUGCAGCUUCAAGUCCAUGGAGGACCUCGUCCACGACUUCGACGAGAAGCUGACAGUGUGUUUCCGGAACUACAGCACAGCGACGGAGAACAUCGCGCCCGUCAAACCCAUCUCGGAGGACAGCUACCUGAAAGACGACGAGGUGUGGAACGCUCUGACAGAUAACUAUGGCAACGUGAUGCCUGUAGACUGGAAGACAUCGCACACUCGCUCCCUACACCUGCCCGUCCUCAACCUCACAGACCAUGAGAAGCUGGACAACCAGUCUCUUGAUCUGUCCGACGACGAGGAGCUGAGGGAGCAGAUGGACAUGCACUCAAUCAUCGUCUCCUGCAUCAACGACGAGCCGCUCUUCACAGCUGAACAGGUGAUAGAGGAGAUAGAAGAGAUGAUGCAGGAGUCUCCAGACCCAGAGGACGAUGAGAGUCCCUCCCAGUCCGACCUGUCCAUGCUCUCUCAGGACCUCCACGCUCUGAAACGCUCCGGCUCCAACACCAGCUACGAGGACCGGCUGCGUCAGCUGUCUGUUUCUGAACUGACUGAGAAUCUGGAGGAAGUGGAAUCAGCCAUUUGCCGCUACAGUGAGGAGCUGAUCCAGGCUCUGGCCCUGAGAGAUGAACUGGAAUAUGAAAAGGAGGUGAAGAACAGCUUCAUCUCGCUGCUGAUCGACGUGCAGAACAGACAGAAGGAGCACCGCGACCUGCUGCGCAAGAAGAAGAAAAUCCGAAGCACGACUACGACCGCGCCCAACGGCCAGAGGAUAACCAGCACGCACAUACAUGGCACGCUCCUCACUUUGGAGGGACUCUCCAAUGUCAUUCAAAAUGGUCUCCGUCAAACUUUUGGCAACACAGGAGGGGACAAACAGUACCUGACCACAGUAAUCCCUUAUGAGAAGAAAGCCGGUUCCCCGUCAGUAGAGGACCUCCAGAUCCUCCAGAAGAUCCUCCAUGCCAUGAGGGACGACAGUGAGAAGGUCCCUGCUCUGCUCACAGACUACAUUCUCAAAGCUCUGGUAUGAGAGCAGUGGAAACUGAGUUCUUUGUCCCACGUAAAAGCCAAAGGCAGAGCCUCAUGUUUCCAGGACCUUCCACUGGACCAUCAGAAGAGGAUUGAUCUGGUAAUCUGGAAGAAUCCAGACGUUGGAUUCAAAUCCAAACCUUCCUCCCAAUUUUCCACAACAUAGACUUUUCCUCCUCGUGGUAUUUUAUUUUUUUACUCUGCCACAUCGUUGAUCCUUAAAUUUUAACUCCAGGUAUAACUCCCUGCUUUAUAAAGUUAUUUUUAAUCCUUACAUUUUUUUCUACAACCUUCUAUUUCCUGACUGCACGAUGACUUAUGUCUAAUGAUGCCAGUAAUCAGUAUUAGUCUGAACACCUCACUUCCUGAUUGGCCAGUGGCUCUUGAAUGAUGAAGGGUCAGGGAAACAUGUUAACCUUUUUUGAUUCUGUGUGAGGGAAGUGUUCAGUUUGUUUUGUGUAUUUAAAUUUAAUUUGCAUCUGUCUAGUUCAGUCCCUGCACAAAAAACAAAUAUCCGGAAAUUCCGGAUGUUAAAGAGCCAGGCGAGUCUUGGUAUUAAUUAUAAAUCCUGUUUUUCCUGCUUGGAAAAGUUAAAGUAAAUUAAUUUCAAAGAUCUGAAAUCGUAGCCCUACCUCUGUUGCAAGUAAGUUUGAAGUUAAAAAUCUAUAUUAGUUGUUAUUUUGAAUGUUAAAAUGAAAUAUUUUGUAUACUAUCAUUGCACAGUUUUGGGAACGUUUCACUUAAAAAAAAGGGAACAAAGUCAUCAGACUUGAGAAAGUAAUUGCUGGAUGAACAAACAUGUAGAGAAUAUUUUUGGAUAAGGAGUUUUUUUUAAAUGAGAUUAAGGACUUGCCAGUCGCCACUUUUGUGACCACGUCGCAACAUCAUUAUGUAAAUGCUGCCCUUUGACCUCUGAACCCUCGAGUAGUGAUCCCCUCCCAGAUAUCUUCAUCACCUCCCGGGAGUCAUCAUCGCAGGAGUCUGCAGAUACCUCAUGUUUUGCAUUUUUUUUUGUGCAACUCGUUGAAUCCCUGGAUAAAUAAUGUAGUUAAGGUUUUUUCAGAUAUGAUAAUUGUGUAGCUUCUAUUGUAAGUUAGCUUUCUCUCUAUCUGUUAGCCCUUAAACUGUUCUGUAAACUCUAGGUUUAUUGUAGUAGCACUUAAGUCACUGUAAGUGGUCUGGUCGUGUAGUAGUGGAAUAUGUGAUGGGUGUUCUUUAGAGUGUCUCACUAGAUAAGCGUUAGACGAAGCUUAGGAACUAAGGCGAGGGGCACAGAAAAACGUUCCACUGCAUUUUUGUCAUCAUGUAUCCCGUUCCAUCUACUUAUCAGUCAGCAUGCGCAUUAGAAUUUAAAGAGCCAUAAAGGGACUCUCCACUAGUUUUCACACUUUUCAAACAAAAAACUAAACAAGAGGAGCUUUGUCAAAGUUGAGACUUCAUUUUUAUUGCAUGAUAAUAUCUCUGCUUGGGCUUAAAACUACACAAACUAACUAUUGACUGAUUAAAACUCAGGGCAUGGAGAUUGAAAGAUGCCAGAGUCCAAUUUAAAAACAUGCCAUCAAGUUGCAUUUUGGUAAACGUAGGACAUAUAUCAGUGCAUCUCAUCCUCGGCCUCUUCAGUUUUGACCAUUUAUUUUUAGUGCAUGUCUUGCCCAAAGACUCUAUAAAGAUGGAUGACACGUCUCCACUUUCUCCCACUGUCUAGAAAUGAGGCCCAAAUACCCUGGAUACUGCCUCCAUGCGCCGAUGACAUCAUUUAGAGCAGGACAAUAAAUCUGUGCAGGACAAUGGAACCGUGGUCUUUAGUUCCCUGUCGUCCAUCUUUAUAAAAGACCCAUGGUCUUGCCACAGGUCUUGUCUCAUAUUAAAACCACGCUACACCAAAUCUAGCAUUAGACAUCAUGUCAUGCACUCAGUUAGUACAGUAACAUUCAAAUCACCAGCUACUACAGGUGAACCACACGCUGUCGGAUCAGGUCCAGUCGAGCUCUCAAGUAUGAGGUUUACAAUUUGGUUAGAACGCUACUGAGUCCGUGUUUCUGACAUUGUGACAGCUAAACGGUAACUUUGUGCACUCUGUGCUCUUUUGCCUACUAAAUCUCAUUUUAAACAGCCGGAGCAGAUGGAGGCGAUCAUGGUAGUCUCUUGACUAAAUCAGGGUAGCAUUACACAUGUUGAAUACGUCUCUGGUAGUAGUAGUUGUAUUGUAGGUGUAGCCAGCAGUUUAAUGAAAUGUACGAUGGCCGCCCAGUAGCAUCUGCUUGUUACAGCAGUGACUAUAACAAAGUUGUAACAUAAAAGGGCAGACGAGGAAGGAAAAGGGGGCGAUAAAGAUAAACAUUGCGGAUGUUGGGGACGAUUGCACAAAGGAUGCAAUUGACAUUUAUUAUUUUGUAAAGAAUGACCAGCUCCUCGUGCUAUGUUUAACUAUUUUUAUGUACUGAUGCCCGCUUUGAAAACAUUCACAGCUUAGCAUGUGCUGCAUGCACUUUACUGCUGCAAACACAUUCUUAAUAAUUAAUAAUGUUAUUUCUGUUUACGGAUAUUUUGAUGUCACACGAAAAAGGAAAGUUGAUUUGAAAUAGGAAAAGAAAAACUCGAGGGUGAUUCACAAGCCUUUUUAAGAAAACAUCACUCAGCUGAUCAUAAUCUGGUAAAUACAAUAUUUCAGAGAAAAUAGUUUCUACCCAGACUUUUUAAAUGGACUUUAAAUUUUCGAAUGAAAUGGCCGUCAGCGUCGAGGUCAUGGCUGGAUCUCGUUACUGCAGGAACUAAUCUCGGGGCCAGAGCCGCUCUCCUGGCCUCCUCUUAGCAGACAUAUCAGUGUAUCUACAAUUUAGAGAUUUAUAUUUAUAUAUAUGUACAACAGAACAAGCAACAGAGAAAAAAAAAAGGAGGCUGCCUUUGUAAAUGCCUGAAACCUUUUUGUACUUCAAAACUAGUUCCUCUUUUUGUUUUUAAUGCAAUAUAAUUCCCCAGUUUGGGGUAUUUUGUUUACUGUCUUGUGUGGUACUGCAGUAUAUUAAUUUAUUAUGUAAAUGUUCAUUUUGUAACCUUAGUGGUGACUGUAAUGGUGCAAGUGUUUGUGCCCACAUUGCAUUGCAACUCAUUUCAAAUAAAUUGAUAUGUGAAGACUUGAA